AUGCCCGAGAACGUCGUGCGCGAAUGGUCGGACUACGCGAAACAAAAAAGACGUCGGCGUCGCGGGUUAGCGACCUCUCGUCCGAAGGGCGUACUGUGGACGGCGCGAGGCUACAAACCGUGCUACCUCUGGGACGUCGGCGAACCGACCGAACGUGGAGUCGCCGAAUGCCUUCGCCUCUGCAGGGCGGACUCGGGCAAAGACGACGUCAGGGCAUUCAAAUUGGGACGCGAUGACGUGCUGGUCUGCAACGUUCCCGAGACUCUACAGAGGCUCUUGGACGUCGCCUUUGUGUUCAUUGACGUUUCGGCGGGGCUCACCGCCCCGACGGCACCGGCGUCUCCGCCCGAGGGCGUGCUGGCGAUGCUGCCGUCUUUGAAACGACGUCUGGCCGAGAUGGCCGCGACGCCUGCACGCUGCGACGACAAGCUCGCCUGUUUAGAACCCGACCGCGCGUGGAACCUCUGCACGGCGUUCGGCGUUCUCUUGGGAUACCCUGUCGUUUACUGGUUCGAGGGCGGCGCCGACGCCGGGAACUGCCUCGCCAUGGAAGAACUGAACGUUGUUAGAGUGCGGUCCGCAGCGUCGUCUGCGGGACGCUCAGAAGGGGUGCCGAGUGACGACGUCUACUCUUUCAGCUUCCCUGCCGCUCUGGAUGGCGAGCUGCGACCGCAUGUGGACGCUUGGUGGCAGCGACUGCGAGCCAGAGCUGCCGCUGAUGACUUCGAGCUCGUCCGAGUCGACGAAAUCGGGCGCUAUCCCACUGUGGCUCUGUGA